AGCCUGUCCUGGAUUGGCACCCACUCUCAACAUCUACAGUGGGCACCAGAGAGCAACAAUGAAAAUCACCAGAUGGUCUCAGCACUACCCAGGAACCCAUAUGGCUCACAGACGUCCCAGCCACCGUGGAACUCAUCGCUGCUGCUGAAGUGGCAGUCAUAGGCUUCUUCCAGGAUUUAGAAAUACCGAUCGUGUCUGUGUUCCGGAGCAUGGCACGACAGUUCCAAGAUGUAUCGUUUGGAAUCAGCAACCAUUCUGAGGUCCUGACCCAUUACAAUGUCACCAGCAACAGCAUCUGCCUCUUUCGACUGGUUGAUGAUCAACAACUACAUUUGAAUGCUGAAGACAUUGAAAAUCUCGAUGCUGCCAAAUUGAGCCGUUUUAUUCACGUGAACAACCUCCACUGGGUGACAGAGUACAGUCCUAUGGUAAACACUGGUCCCUGUGGCCAGUCUUAUGCUCUGGUGUCAGGAAGGGUCCUUGCCCCCGGAACAGAGAUGUUCUCUCGACUGCUGGUACCCGUCUCUCACUGAACACCUAGCCUGUUGUUUAUGCUACUAUCUUUACUAACACUUUAAGAUGCAUGGCUUCCUCCCUCCCUGUGGGACAAAGAGAGAAACAGACACAGAAAGGUUAAGUGGCCUAUAACACAACUCAUAAGAAAAAAACAAAAUACAAAUACAAUGUAUCUGGAUGAAAACCUUCCGAAUCAGGAGUCUUGCUGUGUAAGUGUGCUCUCUGGAGGUCAUUGGCUCUGAGACAGCUGCAAAACCACCUUUCUCAGCCUGUGAUCAAGAAAGCUUCUUUCUUCUUUGCUUUUCUCAUUGCUGUGGUAGAGACAGCUUAAGGAAGGAAGGGUUUCUUUUGGCUCACGGUUUGAGACAUACAGUCCAUCGCGCUGUUGAGUCAAGAAUGUAAAGCUGGUCACAAUGCAUCCAUAACCAAGAAGCACGAAGAGGCGGGUACAGUCCACGGGCCACGUUGCCCUUGCUUUUCCUUUCCCUUUGUCCAGGAUUGAAACUCGUUGGUUUGCUUACCCACCCUCAUGGUUGAUUGUCUCUCUUGAAGAUCUAGAAAUACCCUCACAGACAUGACUGGGAGCGUUCUCGAUCCAAUCAAGUUGAACACAAGCGUAACCAUAUAGUCUUCUUUCUCUGGGGCAUCACCACUGUCUCUGUUAUGUCCGCUGGACUGCAUGUGGACUCGGAAAAGAUGUCCUAAUGUUCCCUGUGCACACAACCCUGGUGUCAUGGUGUCCUGGAUGCCAGCCAGUGUGAGGACACAUCUUCCAGAAGUCCCCAGCUGUUAUCUUACACACAGUGAUGUGUCCUUUUUUAAAAAUUUCACACUAGUAGAGAAAGCAAAUCACAUCAAGAGAAACUCAGGAAAGAAGCUCUCUAGAGCGGCAUGUUUAACUUUUAUGGGGCUCUCACGUAUCUGAAGUCAUCCCUUCUCACUUGGAGAGCUGCCAACUCAGUAACUGCUGUUUCUUGUCCAUGCUGGUACAAACAUCUGUGCUAGAAAAGCUGGGCAGAAAGUCACAGCCGUGCCCUGCUCCUGCGUGUACAGUUAAUGUACACACUCCAUGUGUGGCUUUGCUGUGUUGGUUGAGAUUAAGCCAGAUAAAACUUCUGCACCCCCAUCCCAUGCCUUUGGCUCCUUGGUUCUCUUCUCUUCACUUUUCCCAAGAAUUCUUUCUGCUUUAACAAACUGGAUCCUACUCUGUAUUUAAGUAGCACGAGUCAGUUACUAUAAUUACAAAUCUUAUCAUAAUAAGAAUCAAUUAUUUGCCACACAGUGCGCCCAGUGAGAACCGAGCCUGCUGUUAAAGCCCAAGCAAACGUCUUUAGGAAGCACUUCAUCUGACCGUGCUUGCCUGCCCAUGGCCCUUCUGUGACCAGCUGCGCUAGAAAAAUCUCACACAGAUCCUAGGAGUCAGCCACUGGGCAUGGGGUGGCUGGGUGUUUUUGCCUUAGGGUCUCUGGACAGAAUGCAGAACCAAGCCAACGUCCUCUAUAAGAAGGAUUAAAAAAAUUAAAUGUAUUCUUAACCUAUGAA